AUGGCCAGCAGUUCGGACGAUAGCAGCGACGAGAUCGAGGACGACUUAAACGAUGAAAACCGUCAGAUACUGAAAUCAAUUGACAGCUUUGAAGACCAAUACAAGACAUACAGGCCGAAGGACGCCGAAGAAAAUGAAAAUAGUGCAAAUAUAGGACCGAUCCAGUCUUGUCCGUAUGCAAACGCAUCGAAGGAACGUUCGGACAAAUCGAAGCGCACGAGUAGGCAUUUGUAAGUGGCACAUUCGUUGUCUGUCUUUCUCCGGACUUGUAGCCUAAAUUAUCGCAUUGCUUCGGGGCAGGGGCAGCAGCAGCAGCAGCAGAGCACCGUCAUGGCCCAUCAGGGCUAUAGCUUCAGUGAAUAUCCCAUCUGCAGAAACAGCUCGUGUGCACAGAUCGAGAACGACUCCUACAUGUCGCAGAGCGAGAGCUGCUUCUGGGCCGGCGAGGCCGGAGGCAACAGCCGGCCACUGCCCGAAAGCGGCUCGCGAUCGGACGACACCAUUGUCAAUCGUCCGGGCGUGUGCGGCACAUCAGGCGGCGAGGAGCAGUCGGACAUCUCGGCCCAGUGCUCGUGCAUGGGCUCUUGCUGUUGCUGUCGAAUGCCGGAGCCGAUUGGCCCCGGACAGGAGCUGGCGUCGCCGGGUCCCAUGACCUUUGCGCCCUUUCCGUUCAUGCCCAUGGGCAUGCCCAUGUUUUGCCCAGGAAACGGCGGGCCUGCAGGUGGGAUGUACGCCAUGCCAGCCUCAGCGAAUGGGAUGUACGCCAUGCCUGCCUCAGCGAAUGGGAUGUAUGCCCUGCCAGCAGCAGCAGCAGCACCGACAGCAGCCAUGGGCAUGGAUCAGGACGCAGUGGCAGGACGUGGUGCGGCGGGCCAGGCGCCAAGCAAUUCCGAGGUCAACAGCAGCUACAACAACGCUGGAGCCUCGCCGAGUGGCUACUCGGGCAUGUCAGGCAAUGCUGCUCAGCCUUCAGCCCCGAUGGGUAGCUAUCCGGUAAUGCCCGGGGCCUACCAUCCGUCCAUGGCUGGACCCGGCGCCGACCAGAACUCGCAGGGCCCUGAUGCUGCUGCCGCCUACGAUUAUGUGCAAAAGUAUAACCAGAGUAUUCAGCAGUUUUUGGCCACGGCCGAGCAGAACGCUCAGCAGUCCUUGGCCCAGGCCCAGGCCCAGGCCCAGCACGCCAAUCCACAGGUGUUCAACAAUCUCCAGCCAGGUAUGCCGCCAGGCCUUGCCACCGCAGGCGCUAUGGGAGCUCAGCCAUAUUAUCCGGGCCUUCAGGAGGGCUUCGGCAAUAGCUCGAUGGGCCCUCCACAAUACUUCCCCAAUGCCAUGUCGAUGGGGAUGCCGUCCUUGCAGCCCACAGCCCUCUAUGGCAUGAAUUCAGCCAGCAGCAGCAGCAGCAGUAGCAGCAGCAGCAGUGCCUACUACGGCUCGCAAGGGCUCUCUGCGGGCGGCGCCUUCAACGAUUCUCUGCAGACCCAAACGGUGUACUCGACGGACUACAAGCCCUUUGCGGCACAGGGCAAUAAUUUCAAUCACUUUCCCAACGGCAUAGACAUUGGCUUGCCAGCCGAUUCCUGUCCGGCCUACGGCUCCGUGGGCCCUGUACCGGGACCUGGUGCCGGUGUCCCGCCUGAGAUGUGCAGCCAGCUCUAUGGCAUGGGCAUGGGCAUGGGCAUGGGCAUGGAUGUGGGCAACAACUCAGCCUAUCCCCUCAGUCAAAUGAGCUAUGCGAGCUAUCCCUGCGAGAUGCCGAUGCCGGGGGCACCGUCUGCCGGUGGCUAUCUUCCCUCGUUCAAUAUGUCUGGCAAAUCAAUCUAGAUUGAAGGAAACCUCUUAAUUGUCACCGAAAAACUCUCUAAAAUGCCAUCGGGGUCACCAAAAGCCACUCAAAGCCACACACCAAACUUCUCUAACUAAAUUCAAUUCAGAAUCCAUGUAAAUCGAAAUUUGCUGCUAAAAAAUACAAAAUAGGCAAAUAGAAAA